UUCCACUUGCAGGGUCACACAUCCUUUCAAUGUCAAAUGAUUUGCAAAAAUUGCUCUGCACCCUAUCACGGCUAUCGCACCUGCCCAAAACCAGCCAAUUUAAGUACAAUGAUGCAAUUGUUUAUGGAAUUUUGUAUGCAACAGUUACAAAGUUUUAGUGCUGAAAAACAAAUUCCCAUCAACUUGAGCGAAAGUGUACCUGUGCCACAGAUCGAUACAGCUCACCCAUCAAGUAACAAAUCCAAUAAGCUAAAACGUAAGCAAACAAAGGCUAAUGAAUUCAAUACAAAAAUGAAAGCGUCAAAAAAACGUAAAGUAUCCGUUUCAAAGAAGAAGAGCUCUAAAAACAAUAGUGAUGAUAGUAGUGACGACGAUACAGACGACAAUUCUGAUUCAGAGUCAACAACAGAAUCCCAAGAAGAAGACUCUUCAGACUCAGCGGCAGGAAGUUUAGUUUCUUCCAAGAAGAAACUCAAAAUGAAAAGUAAAAAUGCUUUAAAGACACCAUUUAAAAAAAACGAAACUUUUCAACGAAUCCACUUAAUCUGCCGCUGGUUUUAAAUGGUUUACCUAAUUUAAAUGUUACUGCUCCCAACGUAAAUAAUCCUAAUACUUCAGCAAAUGCUUUAAAUACUUUACUCUUAACGCAAAUGUUUCAAAAUGCCAUUGGCUCUUUGAAACAGUAAAGAUAAUAUUAUUAUAAGGAAAUGUUUUCUUUUUUUUUUAAUAUAUAUUUAUGUUUCUUAAGAAAAACAAAAUUAACAAUUAUUGGAAUUUAGGCAGGAAAGGCAGGCUCUUUUAUUAUGUGUAAACAUUUAAAAAAAAAUAUCUGCUCAUAAUUAAAUGUUUAUUUUAAUUUUUUUUUUAAGCCUAUGUUGAAAUUUCACAUUUAUAGAAUAGUUAAAAAAACAAGUGAAUUGUUCUAAAUUCGUCUGUGAUGAAUAUUAAUUAUCAUUCAUCUUUUCAUUGUUUUUAUGGUAAAAUAAAUUGUAACAUAUUUUUUGUGAAAUUUAGCAAAAUCUUUUAUUUUAAAAACAUAAUUCGAUAACAAAGAUGUCAGGAUCAAAUUAAACGCGAAUAUUUCACUAUUCAUAUAUUGUUCACAUCCCGGAAUAGAAACAUAUGGUACAUGCUGUUGUUUUCAGCCGUUAACUUCUUGAAUGAACGAACCUGUAUCUUGUUUUUUAUAUACUAUUCUAUAGUCGAGACUUUAGACUAUUCUAUAGUCCAGACUAUAGACUAUUCUAUAGUCCAGACUAUAGACUAU